UCAUGGUGAAAUCCCUGAAUGGUUUCCUUCCUCUCUGGCAACUGAGUUAGGAUGAGCACCUGUGUCUUUGUCGUGACUGGGUGAGUAUUGAUACACCAUCCAAAGUGUAAUUAAUAACGGAACCAUUCUUUCUCUAUAGACACCAAUAGAAUGAGAGGACUUUGUAACAUCAUGUUCUAACUACUGAAAUGAGCAGACAUUCUCUUCGCUGUUCCCCCCUCUCCUCUCUCAAUCCCCAUCUUUUUCUCUCUCAAUCCCGGUCUCCUCGUUUUCUCUCUCACCCUCAGUAUGCCAGAGAGAGUGUGUUGGUUCCAGGGGCAGAGUUACCACAAGCUGAAGAGGGCAUGUCUGCAGCGGGGAAAGCUAUUCAAGGAUCCCCUCUUUCCCCCAUCCGCACUGUCACUCUUCUACAAACGAGCCCCACCCCCUGGACUCACAUGGAAAAGACCACGGGAACUGUGUAAGGACCCUCAUCUCUUUGUGGACAGGAUCAGCACAUGGGACCUGCACCAAGGCAGCUUAGGUAACUGCUGGAUGGUGGCAGCCACUUCCUGUCUGGCCUCGGAGCCAUCGCUGUGGAAGAAGGUGAUUCCUGAUCACGUGGAACAGGAGUGGAAGCCCAAGCGUCCAGACCUGUACGCCGGAAUCUUCCACUUCCGCUUCUGGCGGCUUGGCCGCUGGACAGACGUGGUGGUGGACGACCUCCUUCCGGUCAGCGAGGACGGAACGCUGCUCUUCUGCCGCUCAGCCACGCCACGGGAGUUCUGGAGCAGCCUGCUGGAGAAGGCCUACGCCAAGUUGAAUGGCUGCUAUGAGGCAUUAGAAGGCGGUAACACGGCGGAGGCCCUCAUAGACUUCACAGGUGGGGUGUCGGAGCCCCUAUGCCUGGACAGGGAGGCCCUCACCCUGCACCCCGACCAGAGGAGGGCGCUGUUCCAGACCCUGGCCAAGGCCCACGGAUGCAAAGCCCUCAUCACCUGCUCCAUACGGCCAGCGGAGGGAGAGAGAGUAGAGUCGGUGCUAGACUGUGGUCUGGUGCGGGGCCAUGCCUACGGUAUCACCGCGGUGAGGAAGGUGCGUCUGGGGAAGCGGUCACUGCUGACUGGCCGUUGUAGCGGGACGUCCCGUCUCGGCAUGGUGCGCAUGAGGAACCCCUGGGGUACAGCCGACUUUACCGGGCCCUGGAGUCAGGGGUCUCAGCAGUGGAAGCAGGUUGGUCGUGAUGAGAGGGAGAAGAUGGGCCUCAUUGUCAGAGAUGUGGGAGAGUUCUGGAUGGAGUUUGAGGAUUUCUGCCGCUACUUCACAGAUGUGGUGGUGUGUCGUCUGGUAGAACGAGCCCUGCUGUGGCCCAACACCCACUGGAGAGAGGUUCGCUGCCAUGGGGAGUGGGUCCCAUCCCCCAAUACUACCGGAGCAACCCCCGCCACCCUCCUCCCAGGCCGCCAGGCAUCCAACCUCGGGAAGAACACAGCCAAGCCUGGGGAGGUGAACCAGACUCCGCGAGGGGACCGGAAGGAGGCAAGAUUGGGGAAGAGACGGAGAGGUGGAGGAGGAGAAGGAGGAGGCGGUGGAGGGAGAGAGAAGGUGGCUGUAGCGAAGAGGGGGGGGGAGAAGAAGACAAAGAGGAAGGAGGAGAGUGUGAAGAAGGAGGGAGAGGUGGAUGGAUGGUGGGAUAAACACAUGGAUAAGAGGAGUAGGUGUGGAGGAUGCAUCAACCACAAAGACACCUUUCUACACAACCCCCAGUUCAUGUUUGAGGUGCAGGGAAAGGAGGAUGAGGUGUUGAUCUGUCUGCAGCAGGAGGACAGGAGGAUAAAGAGGAAGGAUGGAGGAGGAGCGAAUCUGCCCAUCGGCUUUGAGGUGCUGAGGGUGGAGGUGAACCGUCUAAGCCGUGUGCAGCGUGUGGUGGAGCAGGCUGCAAGCUCUGUGUACAUGGACUCCCGUAGCGUUGCCCUGCGAGUGACCCUGGUCCCCGGCCGCUACGCCCUCCUCCCCACCACCUUUCAACCUAGGGCCACCGGACGCUUUCUGCUUCGUCUCUUCUCACAUUCACACCUCAGACUCAGUGAGUUGAGACAGGAGUUGCCUGCUCUGUCAGUGUGGCAGUGUUGUCUCCCCCAGUCCAGUGUCGUGACCACCGUCCACCUGCGCCGAGCUUGCGGACUCAGCCAGCCCAAACAGACAGCACCAGAUGUGUAUGCUGUGAUCUGUUGUGAAGACGACACCAUAAGAACACGAGUGUUCAAGGAGGAUGGAAAUCCAGAGUUCAAUAUGAGGGCCAUUUUCUACAGGAGACACCCAGAUGCACACAUCAGCAUUAAGUUGUGGAGCCGUGGUCUACUUUGGGACACUCUAUUAGGAGGGGCUCGACUCCAGACCGGCGACAGCGAGAGAGAGCGGAGCCAGGGGAUUGACCUGCAGGGCGGCCAAUCACAUUCAGGAUACCAGGGAUGCAUCUAUGUGGAAACCUCAUCCAGCAAAUGCCUGACAGACUUGUGACAGACAGCUGUGGCUUGUCCCACCCACUACACAACCAUGGCAAUCACUGCUUUUCUGGAUGAAGCAGCGGAUUUGAAUGAGGAUGGAUCCAAUUCAAUAGCUUUGAAGGAAAAUAGACAUUUGUCUUCGGCUUCCAUGAAUUACAAAGACAAAUACCUCUUUGAAUGAAAUGUUAUGAGAACUCGGGAACUACUGCGUUAAGGAACAGAAAAGCACAGUGAUCUGUUUGUUGUUCACUACUAGUGCAGAGGAGAUCAUAAAAUCAUAAAAAUAUCCCUUAACUUUACAUCUCUGCUGGUCAGACCAUGUAAGAGUACAACAUUAUCCAAAAAACAACAACAUUUAAACUGUAAAAAGACAUUGAUUACCAGCUGCCGAGGUUAUCUAAGGAAUAUACAUAACAUAUGUAGGUCUACUCUUUUUUUUAUGUGUCAUGAAAGGUGCAUAAUUUUAGGAAAAACAUUUUGAUCAAUUAAAAUGUCAUUUUCCUCUACAAACUGACCAUUAUAUAGAUGUUUUAUUUCACCUUAAUAUGGUAUGCUAUAUUUUCAAAUAUUUAUUUGAAAAAGAUACAUAGUUCAACGUGGGAUUUUGUUUUUUGAAUUAAUGUGAACAAGAGUAUAACCUAACCUGUCUCUUCUAGCCGUAUUCACAAUCAACUAUCAGGUUUCAGGUAUGACCCAGAUGCAGACAGUGUCGAUGAAACAAAAGUUUAUUUCUAGUACAGGGGCAGGCAAACGACAGGUCAACGGCAGGCAGAGGUCAGUAAUCCAGAGAGGGUACAAAAGGCCCAGAACGGCAGGAAGACUCAGGGUCAGGGCAGGCAAGGGUCAAUAAUCCAGAGGGUACAAAAGGUCCAGAACGGCAGGAAGUCUCUUGGUCAGAGCAGGCAGGGGUCAAUAAUCCAGUGAGGUGGGGCAAGGUAUAGAACGGCAGGCAGGGUCAGGGGUCAGGGCAGGCAGAACGGUCAAAACUGGGAAGGGAGAGAGGGAUUUUUGAUUCCUCUCCCAAAAAAUUAUAGUCAUAUUCUGUCAUGCAUGAGAGUCAGAAAUUGUGAGAGACAUUGCUAAAGUGGGUGUGGGCAAACAUUUAAAUUGUAAAAAAAAAUUGAGUUGAAUGCUAAAAAAAGAAUAUUGUACACAGUAUUAUCAAAGACUUUUAUAACUAACCAAGAUAGACUCGAGACUGUCUUUUCAAAUGGGAGCAAACUGGGAUUCCUCUCAUCACCAUAUUUGGUAUUUGGUAGAGUGCAAACGCCAAUCGGAUGCUUCACAUUUAUACAUCUGGUGAAAUAUCUGUCUCAUUGUUCUAUCUGUGGUAUGAUCAACUUAAUUACUCCAAAUGCAAAGCACUUUGAGGCAAAGUGUUGAUUAGAAUGAGUACAAAAGAGAGAAACAUAUUGUAUAGAACUUAAAAAAUAUUUGUUCUGUUGUGAGUAGAGAAUUGAGGCAGCUUUAUACAUUACAUUUCUAUAGGCUGUUGAUGACCAAACCUGGGUUGAAAUCUUUCCAAUACUUUGAGCCUGGAGUGCAAGGUAUGAGGGAUUUGCACUUUUGAGACUUUUCUAUUGGUUCCAUUUCAACAGGCAACCUAAAUCAAUUACAGAUACAGUGAAUGACUUCAAAUAGUAUUUGAACGCAGAUCUGUUGAUGACAAGGACCAUAAUACAGCAUCCUAUGGAAUGUUUGUGUCAUGGCUCUCUUUCUCCCUCUGACUUUCCUGAAUACCAGUGGUGAUUUUAGCAUGUCAAUCUUGGUGAAGCAAACUCCCCAAAUGUUUCGUUGUUGAUGCAUGCCAACAAAGCCACUACACAACACAACACUAAACAAUGCAUUCAUUGCACUAUAACGGUGACAAACGGUGCACACAAACUGUUAGGGCCUACAUAAAGCUGUCCCAACAGCAGAGCUUUCUUUUCAGCAUCAUGGAGUGAAUCCUUACCAUCACUACACCUGGCUUUCAGCGGAGUCUUGUCUAGCAGCAAAUCAGUUAAUUCAGUCUUAUUUACUGUCUUUAAAAAAUAGAUAUCUGAUAUGGCUGACUUGCUUAAACAAAUGUGGUUUCUACUGACAAAUGAGAUGUACAAACUA